UGUCCAUUCUUCUGAAGAGUUAGGAAUAAGAGUAUCUGAAGUGUAGUGAUUUUUUAAAAUAGAGUAAAUCUAGUGUUCACUUACAUAUUUAUUUUUCUAAUAUUAUUAGGUAAAUCAUUCCAGACAAUUUACAUUGCUUGCAAAUUGUAACUACAAAUAUUGACAAAAUGAGGUUUCUAGUCUUAUUGACUUUAUUCACCAUAAUUGGGAAGGCGAUUGCAAUCGACGAACCAAGCCAAAAUAUUGAUUCUAAUAGCUACUGCUACAGUGAUGACACGGCCAGACCACAAAAGUUGCACUUUGCCACUAAAACAGCUUAUCAAUUUAUGAAAGGAAAGGAAUAUGAGAAACUUUCAACUGUUUCAGGUUGUACUCCCGUGAAAUUCUGGCUUUUUAGCAGGCAUGGAACCAGAUUGCCCGAAUUAGACGUUAUUGAAAGUCUUCCAGAAUUAGAAAUUAUACGCGAUGAAGUUAUCAACAACUACAGAAGUCAAAACAUAUCAAUAAACGGCAGCCUAUGUGAAGGAGACUUGCAACUGAUACGUAAUUGGGUACUUGAUAAAAAUAUCACCACAGACCACGAGCAAUACUUGGUUUCUCAGGGCUGGGAAGAUUUGAAACUUUUGGCAACUGACUAUCAGAAAGUAUAUCCAGAGCUGCUCCUCACUACGUAUGACAAGGAUCACUUCUUGUUCCGACAUUCCAAUACCCAGCGAACAAAGGCCAGUUAUAAUGCAUUUACAGAAGGACUUUUUGGAAAUCAAACUUCUAGUAAUAUUACUUUAGAUCCAAUUCCAGAAAAAGAUAUUCUUUUGGAUCCCCACGACAACUGCGAAUUGUUCACAAAACAAAAUAGUGAAGCAAAACAACCUGGAAAGGAUAUCGAUAAAUUUGCAAGCUCAGAGCUAAUCAAUCAGGUGAUAGCUAACGUUUCAGCACGGCUGGGCUACAACACCUCACUGACAUACCACAAUGUUUCACUCAUGUAUGAUAUGUGUAGAUUUGAACAGGCUUGGUAUCUCGACAAACCUAGUGCCUGGUGCACGGCAUUUACCCUCGAAGAAACUAAAAUUCUAGAAUUUUACGAGGACAUGAAGCAUCAAUACAAAGCAGGUUAUGUCGGCAAAUUAAAUCCAAAUGUGCCGUGUGCGCUGAUGCAAGAUAUGCUGAAAAAGUUGCAAAGUGAAGAUAAGCCCGUUGUUACCGCUUAUUUCUCACAUUCCACUUUAAUGCAUUUGUUUUUCGUCGCGUUAGGAGCUUUUAAGGACAAACAAAUUUUGACAGCGGAUAAUUAUGCCAGUAUGCAGGAUCGACAAUGGCGCGGUAGCUACAUGGUGCCGUUUGCGGCUAACGUGGCUGUUGUGAAAUAUAAUUGCUCCACCAACAGUUCUGAACCUACAACAAGGCUACGCUUUUUCCUGAAUCAAAAACCACUCGAACUUGAUGGAUGUGUAGAAGGACUGUGUGAAGAAAAAAAUAUUUUAUCAAAGUAUGACAAUUACUUGAAAGCAGAUUGCUCCAACCAAUAUUGUAAAACUAGCAGUUCGCCAGGAGCCCUGAAUAUAUCUAUUAUUGCUUUCAUCAGUUCAAUUUUAUAUAGUGUUUGUCAUUUAAUCUAAUUUGAACCAACAAAGAAAUUUAAAAUUAUUACUAAAUGUAAAUAAAAUGAAAUUUUACUA